AUGUCUGUUCUGUGGCUCUUGUGCUGCAUGGGAAUGCUGUUGGUUUCUGUGGCACGCGGUGAGAUCUUGGAUAUGGGAAACUGCUCGAGGCUGUUUAACACGAAGACUCUGGACUGGUGCUGCGGUAAGAACAUUUUGAGCAUGUUCGCCUUUGUGGGCACCAACUGCACUACCUACUUGAACGACUAUGGACCAUGCCGUUAUGAUUGCAUCUUCAAUCACUGGGGGAUACGCGAUGAGACGAAGUUCCAACUCAAAAUGCCAGAGCUGUUCAUGAUGAUUACCAAGCUGUACAGUCCCCUCAACGGAUACCACAGCUAUGGCGUGGCCCUGAAGAUGGCCUACGAAACCUGUGACCGACUGGGCACCAAGUACGCAGACUUCAUUAUGCUCUAUUCCGCUCAUAUCCAGGAUACAUUGGGUCAGGACAACUUUACAUCCAACGCCCCCUUCAAAGACUGCUCGCCCUUUUCCAUGUACCACGCUCAGUGCGCGGCGAUAUAUCUGAUGCUCGAAUGUCCUCGAAGAUACUGGCAGCCGGAUGCCCCGGAGUGCAAUAUCCUAAAGGAGACAGUCCGAUCCUGCGUCCGCCUUUUCGAAGAGGGUACUCUACCGAAGAGCGACCCGGAGCCGAAGAGUUCGGGCAGUCGACUAUACACGGUUGGCCUGCUUGCUUUUCUAGCUAGUGUCACCUGUACUUAUUUCCAGCUACAUAUAUGUUCCGAAUCGUUUGUGUGAUUGCGAUCCAUGAAAA